CCCCGCUCAGGCAGCGCGAUGCUGAAGCCCGGCGACCCUGGCGGAUCCGCGUUCCUGAAGGUGGAUCCAGCCUAUCUGCAGCACUGGCAGCAGCUCUUCCCGCAGAGCAGUCAGCUCAAAAGCAGCGGGACCCUCGCCCAGCUCCAGCCGCCCGAGAGAGCCGAGCCUCCGGCUGACAGCCUCCGCCAGCGCCCGGCCUCUCUCUCCUCCGCCUCCUCCUCCUCUUCCUCGUCUACUCCGUCUUCUUCCUCCACCUCCUCCUGCGUCGCCGCGGCGGCCGCUUCUUUGGCCGGCCUGACCUCCCUGCCUGUGACCCAGCUCCCGGUCUUUGGACCGCUGCAAAGCUCCGAGCCCCCGGCCGGGGGAGCGCCCACUCCCCUGCAGGGCAAAGACUUGUGCGGUGUCGGCAGCGGCGGCAGCAAAUGCGGUGACCGCGCUGCCGCUCGGUUCCGGUGCACGGCCGAGGAGCUGGACUACUACCUGUACGGGCAGCAGCGCAUGGAAAUCAUCCCCUUGAAUCAGCACACCAGUGAUCCCAACAACCGAUGUGACAUGUGUGCUGAUAAUCGCAAUGGUGAGUGCCCCAUGCAUGGACCCCUCCAUUCCCUGCGCCGUCUGGUGGGCACCAGUAGUGCUGCUGCAGCAGCCCCUCCACCUGAGAUUCCAGAGUGGCUCCGGGACCUGCCCCGGGAAGUGUGCCUGUGCACCAGCACAGUGCCUGGCCUGGCCUAUGGCAUUUGUGCAGCACAGAGGAUCCAGCAAGGCACCUGGAUCGGGCCCUUCCAGGGAGUCCUGCUCCUGCCAGAGAAGGUUCAAGCAGGAGCCAUCAGGAACACUCAGCAUCUCUGGGAAAUAUAUGACCAAGAUGGGACACUGCAGCACUUUAUUGAUGGUGGAGAACCCAGUAAGUCAAGCUGGAUGAGGUAUAUCCGAUGUGCAAGGCACUGUGGGGAACAGAACUUAACAGUGGUUCAGUACAGGUCAAAUAUAUUCUACCGGGCUUGUAUAGAUAUCCCCAGGGGUACUGAGCUAUUGGUGUGGUACAAUGACAGCUACACAUCUUUCUUUGGAAUCCCUCUCCAAUGCAUUGCGCAAGAUGAAAACUUGAAUGUUCCUUCGACUGUAAUGGAGGCCAUGUCCAGACAAGACACCUUGCAGCCAUUUAAUAAAAGUAGCAAACUAUCCCCUGCCACUCCACAGCGAUCCAUAGUAUUUCCACAGACUCCGUGUAGCAGAAAUUUUUCUCUCCUGGAUAAGUCUGGGUCCAUCGAGUCAGGAUUUAACCAGAUCAGUGUCAAAAACCAACGAGUUCUUGCAAGCCCAACUUCAACAAGCCAACUAAAUUCUGAGUUCAGUGACUGGCAUCUUUGGAAAUGUGGGCAAUGCUUUAAGACUUUCACCCAGCGGAUCCUCUUACAGAUGCAUGUGUGCACACAGAACCCUGACAGGCCCUACCAGUGUGGUCACUGCUCCCAGUCUUUCUCCCAGCCCUCAGAGCUGCGGAACCACGUGGUUACUCACUCCAGUGACAGACCUUUCAAGUGUGGCUACUGUGGUCGUGCCUUUGCUGGUGCCACAACACUCAACAAUCACAUCCGGACACACACUGGGGAAAAACCCUUCAAGUGCGAGAGGUGUGAGAGGAGCUUCACACAAGCCACCCAGCUGAGUCGACACCAGAGGAUGCCCAAUGAGUGCAAGCCAAUAACAGAGAGCACAGAAUCAAUUGAAGUGGAUUAA